AUGGUCACAUUGGAUAGACUUGUGUUACUUUCAACGGCAUUAUUUGCUACAGCUGCUCUGCUUGUUCUUAUUAGCAUCUCGAGACCACAAUGGAUUUUAUCUGUCAAUAAAGGUGAAACUUCAAUGGGUUUAAUUGAGAUGUGUAUUUUAUCAUCAUUAACUGCUCACGAACAAAAAUGUUUUAUACCAAAUAAAGUUCGUUUAGUAUGGAUAAUAGCAUUUGGUCUUUCUAUAGUUGCUAUUGGUCUACUUAUUGUAACUAUUAUUUUAUUUGUUAUUUCACAAUACGGGCAAACAUCAACGAUAGUAUAUGGUCGACUAGCUGGAUUUAUUGCUAUGAUCUUUCUAUGUCUCUCAGCUGUUCUAUUUCCAAUGGGAUUUGAUUCGGAAAUCAUUGGUGGUUCACCAUUUCAAUUACCAACUGAUUAUCGAAUAGGUUCAAGUUACAUUGCAUUUAUCUGUGGAGCUUGGUUAACUGUUAUUUCAAUAGAAGAAAUGACUGUGAAUUUAGAAACAACACGUCGAACAUUACCAGCACCCAUGUUGGAUCGAUCGUCUUAUUCAAUAUUUUCUGUGAUUAAACAAGCCAUUGGAAAAGAUCUUACAAGAUUUUCUAUACCUGUUAUUUGGAAUGAACCUCUUAGUUUUCUUCAACGUGUUGCUGAAUGUUUAGAAUAUUCAAUGCUACUAGAUCAGGCAGUAGUAGCGGACACAAUCGUUGAAAGAUUUCAUUUAAUAACAGCUUUUGUUAUUUCAACACUGUCGGCUCAUCUUGAACGAAUGUCAAAACCAUUUAAUCCAUUAUUAGGUGAAACCUAUGAAUUAAAUAUGAAAGGUAAUGCACAAUUUCAUUAUGUUGCUGAACAAGUUUGUCAUCAUCCACCUGUAACGGCUGUUCAUGUCAAUGGUCAAAAUUGGACUCUAUCAGCAAAUAUUGAACCAAAAAUUAAAUUUCACGGAACCAAUGUCGUAGCCGUAUCAGAAGGUCGAUGGGUAUUUCGUAUAAAGAAAAAUUCUUCUCUAUCUCGAUCAUCUUCACAAGAAAGUUUUCAAUCUUGUAAUGAUGAAGAAGAACAAAGUGAUAAUGAAAUCAAAGACGAAUAUACAUGGAAAACACCAACUGUUAUUGUUCAUAAUGUUCUAUUUGGUCGUCUUUGGUGUGAAUUUCAAGGACAAGUCGAUAUAAAACAUCUACAAUCCAAACAGCGUUCGCUCGUUACUAUUAAACCACACUCAUGGUUUGCAUCACAAUCAACGAAAACAGCUGAACUGUUUAAAUAUACGGGCUUCAUCUAUGAUGGUAAAGAAAAACUCGGUGCAUAUCAUGGAAACUAUGGUCAUUGCUAUUAUGCUAUUGAUAAUAUCGAUGAAUUUCAAUUAAAACCUUCUAUUAGCUGUUCGGCUAAUGGUCAUAAUUGUGUUCAUUUGAAUUCAACUGCAUUAGUAUCAACACCAUGUGAUCACUUAAUUCUACCAUCAUCUCGUCUUAUUUGGAAUCGAUCUCUUUCGCUGAUGACUGAUAAUGAAUUAGUAUCAAUGUAUCAAUAUUAUUUUUUUACACCCUUUGCUACUUCUCUUAAUGAACAAACAGAUUCUUUAAAAUUGCCACCAACUGACAGUCGAUUUCGAAAAGAUAUUUAUUAUCUUGAAAAAGGCGAUAUCGAUGCAGCUUCACAAGAAAAACAUCGCCUCGAAGAACAGCAACGUGCAGAUGCAAAAAAAAGUGAACGUGAAUUCGAACCAUUAUGGUUCAAAAAAGAUGAUAAUGAUGAAUAUAUUUAUACAGGAAAAUAUGAGCAAAGAAAAUUUGACCAUUGUCCAAAACUGUUUUCUCAGUCACCCGAUAGAUAA